AUGGUAUACCGUGGAAGAUAUUAUCCUGAAGCUAGGAGCAGGAAUUGCAGGAAGACAUCACAAACUCAAUACAGGAGUAGUAGCUCUGUUCCUAGAUGGGAGAAAGAAUUUUGCUUAGACGUAGGCAAUCUCUUGGAAGCAAAGAAAUACAUAUCAGAAACAAACGAGAUCAUGCAAUGGGAUGAUUCUGAAGGCAAAGAGUGCUUCUACAAUGCCAAGAAUCGGCUUUGGGCACUGAAUUAUGGUCGUGCUCCUUAUUGCCGCCCAUCCUUACCAAAUCCGGACAAAUACAUUGAUGAAAUAGACUGGAAUUCUGAAUUUGAUACCCAACUCUUAAUGGAACUGGAAGAAGCUCGUAAGCCAGUACCACGCAAAGAAGAGAGUUCUGUGGUGGAUAAUCCUUGGAUGUUGCCUGUGGAACAAAUAAGGCCAACAGGAUGGGAUGUGCGUGAAGAUCCGUACGGGCCGAGGUUGCUGACAGGUAUGAUUGUAGGAGAUGGCAAAGAUUGA